AGAACAACUCGAACGGCAACAACAACGUUGAAGAGCCGAAACAACAACAACAACAACGCCGCCAAGGAGCCCGGAUUUUACAACCAUCAACAUCAACAUCAUCAGCAUCAUCAUUGCCAUCAAGAACAUUUGCGACCAACAUUAUUCCCGAUUAACGAAAACAACAGCAUUUACAAACAGUUCUCUGCCUCACUUUCCUCCCUUCUGCCUAUUUAACCGUUUCUUUCUCGCUGCCGGGUGUGUCUGCCUGACUGUCUGUCCGUCCGUCUGUCUAACACACACACACACAUAUCUGUCCGUCAGUCUGCCUGUCCAUCCAUCCAUCCUCUCAUCCAUCCAUCCUUCUCUGUGCGUCUGUGUUCCUUUCUCACCUGUCCUUUUGAACACACACACACACACAUACACAUGUAUACAUACAUACAUACAUACAUACAUACAUACAUACACAUACACACCACACACACGUUUCGUCACGCACGCACACACACAUCCGCAAAUAUAGAUAUUCAGACACCUAAAUUAACAAACACGCAGACAUAGUUAUGAUGUCGGCGAUGAUGAUGAUGAUGACGAUGACGACUAUGUUUGUGAUGACAAUCACAAUCUUAACAGCAAUGGUCAUUUCCACAACAACCACAACUUUAUAAUCGAGCAAACACACACACACACACACACACACACACACAUUCACGACAACACGCACGCACAUUGUUCCACUCACAAACAACAGUAAUACACACAGCAAUGCACGUACACACGCAGAGCUAAACAUAAACACACACACACAUACGCACACACACACACACACACACACAUAUAUAUAUAAAUUCACACACCUACACACACUUACGGCUACAUACACGCGCGCGCGAACCACCACCACCACCAACAACACCAUCAACAACACCAACAGCAGCAGCAGCAGGAACCGACUUUAAGUGGUUCAUAGCUACUGUUGUUGUUGUUAAUACCCAUUAUAUUUUCAUUCUCUGUGUGAUUUACGUCCAACGUGAGUGUAUACACAAUAUAUAUGUACACCAGACGGGAUUCAUAUUUAUAAUAUAUACAUAUACAUAUAUAUAUAUAUAUAUAUAUAUAUAUAUAUAUAUAUAUAUAUAUACACACACACAUAUAUAUAUAUAUUUACUUUUUACCAUGUCUGUGAUUAAAUAUUACUUUCUAUUGUUGGUUUACCAUUAUUUGGGAUACGGCAUGGCAACUGAAGAUACCUGGAAUUUCUGUUUGCAAAAUGUGUGCCUUCAAUCAUCAAAGACCCUGGAAUGUGAUGAGGGGUCCAUCAUCCUUUUCUACAAUGCUGAAAGUGCUACAAACAGCGAUUUUCAGAAGCGAUGGUUUCAAAACUUCCGAAUCAGCUGCAUGGGACGGAAAGCAUGUCAGCUAGAUAGCAUUUGCCCCAACACACGGCUAAAAGUCACUUAUACUUGUGUCAAAGAAAACCAAAUAACGAAAUCUUGCAGGAACAGGGAACUCUCGAAACCAGAAGGAUUCAUCCAGAAUGAGAAAUAUCCUUCUAUGUCUAUCAUUGGUGCUUGCCAAUGGAAAAUCAAUGUUCCUCAGGGCUCUUUCAUUAUACUGCGUCUUCAUGAUGUCAUGCUGCAGGAACCAUCAAAAGGCGCUUGUACAGCUGGCUUAAAGAUAGUCACUGAGAGAUCAUGUGAAGGCCACAACUUCACCAAUGAAAUUAUUUGUAGAAACAAACAGAGUUUUCAAUCCAGAUAUUUUCUCGCUUGUGGUAGUGUGACCUUAAUGCAGGUUAGCAACAAAGUGCAUCUGUUUCGGUUUUGGAUUUCUUAUGAAGUAGAGACAUUUGCCAAUAAUAAUCUGUCCUAUCUUUAUGAUGGAAAUCUAAACUGCAUCAGCUCUGGGUACAAGAAAUGGAAAAUUGACCAAGUGAACACUCCUCACCUUAGCCAUGUUUCCUUUAACCAUUCCAUUCUCUCACAGACAACUAAGUUACCAUUCAAUGCAAGUGAGUUAACUAUUGACUUAUAAUGCUGUUGUUGGAUG